AAGAGAUAACGGAGUCAAUCAGCACACCAACCAAUAUAUCAAACCCCCAGGCCCAGAUGAUUUGGAUCAAAUGGACACCGGAGAAUCCACC